ACGCCGCUCGCCCGCCACAGCCACAGCAGCGACUCCGCAGCCCGACCGACCCUCUGCUACUUCCGCUACUGCCCGUCAGUCGCCCGUCAGAUCGCAAAGAUGUCGCAGUCCCGCCCUCUGGCGCUUCUGGUGCUGUCCGCCGCCGUGGUCGCCCUGCUGCUGGUGGUGACCGCCCCCACCCCCGCAGAGGCGCAGCAGGCCGCCGCUGAUGGCAACAAGUUGGAGGGACUGGCCGACGCCCUCAAGUACCUGCAGGAGCUGGACCGCUACUACUCUCAGGUCGCCCGCCCCAGCCCUCGCAGCGGGGGUGGCGCGUCGCUGUCGGUUCGCUCCCCCCUGGACACGCUGAGCAUCGCAGAGCACCUCCGCGGCGUCGAGAAGAUGGUCCGCAUGCUGCAGCUGCAGGAGUACGACCGCAUGUACACGCCGCGCAACAGGCCCAGAUUCGGAAAGCGCUCCGAACUCCGACCGGAUGUCGUCGAUGAUGUCAUCCCGGAGGAAACGAGUGCCGACAAGUUCUGGCGGCGUUUCGCCCGCAGGAGGUGAACCAUCUUCAGGACAGAGACGACUGCGUCGCUGGUUCCAGCACUCCCACCCUCUAACACCCUGGACAACCCUGCAGUCCCAUAAGGUUUUCUCCUGGACUACCGUCUGCAAUCACCGAUGUCAUCAACAUUCCUAACAACGAAUGCUCAGUUUUCCGUUGUUUUAUUGUCUCAGUAAACUGUUUUCUGUUUAGCGUCUUUCAUGGUCUACUGUAACUAUUGAAUUGUAGGGAAGAUAAUAUUAUCUACCCAAUUUUGUUAAAUCAGUACAUCAUGUUUUCGUUUACCAUUAUGUAAAUCACUUCGAAAUGCAAAAUGAUCUGUGCACAUUUCAUCAAAGACUCACCAUCAGGUAUAUCUGAUGCUUACUAUGUAUUACGCUACCUCAUGAAGACAACAAUAAUUUAUUCUUCAAAGCGUUUUUGUUACAGUAAACGAUUAAACAAUUGCAGAAUGCAAAUACCUUUCUCACUAGUUACACAUUUGGCAGAGCAAGAAUCCACACAAUAAUUUUUUACCCAGCGAGAAAUUAAUACGAAAACAACUCUUUGAUUCCUAAGUUUUAUGUCCAUUACAUUAUGGUCACUAUACUUAUUUAUAAAUUUGUUUGUAUCUGGUGAUUUUAUGUAGAGCUAAGAUACGAGUUGAUCAAAUUCGUUACAUUUCCUACUUCCGUUGAACACACAUACACAUUAUCUACGACACAUUCAGUCUUGUACAAUAGAAAAAGAUUGGAAGGAAUCAGUCAAUUAAAAUAUCUUCUACUUGUGUACACCAGUUCAUACAAUUACAUCGCAAAUGAAAUAUUUCAGAUUCAUAAUAAAAAUGUAUUUCCCCUUGUUUAGUAAGAUUGUGAACCUCUGAAAACUUUUCGAGAACAGUGUUUUUAGUUUUUAAUGUCCAGGAGAAUUCCCUUAGAUGAAAGAUCUGUAUACUAUGUUCCCUAUUAGAUAAGACAAAAGUAUUAAUUACCUGUAUUAGAAUACUUAAUAAACCACCACUAGUGGCUGUUAUUGUUUAUACCCAAUGUAACUGUAUCAAAAAACUAAUAAUAAUAAUAAAAAUAAAAUAAUGUAGCCAACCUAACCUGUUGAUCAGCGAUGCACGAAGUCGCCUAUACGUAAAUUUUACCCUGUUUGUGGUGGUUAUAUGUUAUUCUGAAAUUAUAGAACUGUGUUACUUUCAUCAGCAGCAUGUGUACUGACAUGUGGAUUUAAGAAAAUAAAACAGUAUUUAUUGGUAA